GUCCUCCGUACAAUACCAUAAUUUUUAUGGCGAAUACUCAUAAAAUACGCGACACAAGAAGUGGGCCGAGAGCCGCGCGAAUCGCGACGCGUUAUCCUAGCUAGCACUCAAUUUCUCUUUCGCGAGAUUAACGUUAUCUACUUAUUGACGACCUACCACAACCACGGAGUAGUAAGAGGCACUGCGGAUUUCCAGUCAGCGGGCCCGACGCGUCCACCACGCUCUGUGGCAUUUCCAGCACCUCCUAGAACCGAUUCUUCCGCGCCCGUCAUGUCCCUCGACGAGAUUCAGUAUCCUCCAGGGUUUGGGCUCAAGGAUGUCGUAGCAUGGGGGAGCAGUGGACUUAUUGUUCUCGACGCGGCCACGCAAACUGUCAUUAAAACGCCAUUCGAUAACGAGUUUCGCGCAUCAAUCGAUCGAGAACGGCUGAUCUACGAGAGGCUCACCGAGCUCGGCGGACACGAAGGGUUGCUCCCCUACUACGGCAGUGUCGACGGAGGCGGAUUACGUCUCGGAUACGCUUCGAAACAUGACUUGAGGUCUUUUCUUCAAGGAGAGAACUCUCUGGACCCAAGCUUGCGCCUCCGUUGGAUGAUUCAGCUUGCCGACACUCUCGCCUUUAUUCACGAUGCUGGCAUUAUUCACGGUGAUCUCACGACGGCCAACAUGUUCUUAGAUGAUAAACUCAACCUCAAGCUUGCUGAUUUUGCGGAUUCGUCGAUUGACUCGGCACCUCUGCUCGUUUCUGUCACUGUCAGCCACGAGUACCCGGGUGAUCUAUUAUCUACACAGGCAGAUAUCUUUGCAUUCGGGUCUGCGAUGUAUGAACUCAUAGCUGGAGAAAGGCAAUACUCCUCAUUAAGCGAGGUCGAAACCAGGAUACGAUAUCAGAACAAAGAGUUCCCAGACAUCACAGCUUUAGGCAGCUUGUGCCAUAUUAUCAGAGCUUGCUGGGAAGGUAGCUACAGCAACAGCAAGGCUUUGGCUGAAGAUCUCAAAGGUAAGCGGUUAAGUUACAUUCCCCCAACUACAUGUAACACAUAAGGCAUCUUGCGCGAUGUGUUAGCACAUUGUGCAGCCAGUCUGCAAGACACCAAAUGUGCAAGUUGCCUCUAAGUAGUUUGUACCGAAUAGCAAUGCGCCACAUGUUGGUGUUUCUCCACGGUGAACCCUGCGUUUUUCGUUUGAACUAAGGGUCUUACGAACUCGGUAGAUACAGUCGCUUACACGCUUCAACAUUGUUGAGGCAUAGAAUAUUACACGCGAAGUAGCACAGAUAUCCUAGUUAAUAAGUUUGCGAUAAAUGCCGAAUACUUAUCGU